AUGACAAAUUUUGAAAUCGUUCAGUCAGAAUUCGGUCCAAUUAAAGGAUUUCAUAAACAACUGGCAUUAAAUAAUAAUUGCGUUGCAUUCCAAAAUGUUCCUUAUAUGAAGGCACCAAUUAGAAAUUUGAGAUUCCGAGAAGCACAACCGACUGAAAAAUGGCAAGAACCGUUAGAUGCAACAAGUGACAUUAUUGGAUAUUGUUCGUUUAAUCAUUUUAAGGAAGUUGAAGGAAAAGAAGAUGCUGGAAUUUUAAAUAUAUUCACAAAAAAUCUUAAACCAAAGAAACUAUGUCCUGUAAUGGUUUGGAUUCACGGAGGUGGCUUUAUCAUUGGAAGUUCAAGUACUGACAUUUACGGACCUGAUUAUUUCUUGCAGGAAGAUAUUGUUUUUGUUUCAAUUAAUUACCGUCUUGGGGUUUUUGGUUUCUUGAGUCUUGAUGAUGAAUCUUUGAAUAUUCCAGGCAAUAAUGGUUUAAAGGAUCAAAUCUUUGCAUUAAAGUGGAUAAAGAAAAAUAUUGCAAAUUUUGGUGGAGAUCCCAAUAACAUCACAAUAUUUGGUGAGAGUGCUGGAGGUGCCAGUGUGCAUUUUCUUUGUAUAACUGAACAAUCAAAAGGUCUGUUUCAAAAAGCGAUAAUCAUGUCAGGCUCAGCUUUGUGUAAAACAUGGGGAUUGAUUCCUCAGUCAACAUCAAGGAAACAUACCGAAAUAUUAGCUGAAAAGCUUGGAUUUAGUGGAAAUAAAAGUGAUCAAAAGAGCUUGCUACAGUUCCUUGAAAAAGCACCUGCUGAAAAUAUAGUAAAAGCUACUGAAGAAAUCCUCACUUUAGAAGAUAAAUACUGUUUUGCUUUUCAUUCUCCUUUUGUACCUGUUAUAGAGCCAUAUAAGACUAAGAACUGUUUCAUACCAAAAGACCCGCUAGAGUUGAUGAAAACUUGUUGGACUAAUAAAAUUGACAUUUUAUUUACUGGAAAUUCAAUUGAAGGUAUCAUUCGAAAGAUUGAACCACUUGAAACUGGAAUACAGAUUUUUAAUAAAAAUCCAUCGUAUGCUUUGCCACUUAUCGAGCUACAAGCAGAUCCAUCUGAUCAGCAUAUUCAAGAACUAGGUUUGAAGAUUAAAAAUCUUUAUUUCAAUGGAAAAUGGGAUGAUCGAGAAUCAUUUCUUCGACUAUCAAGUGAAUUAAUGUUUUGGAAUCCAGUUUAUCGAACCAUUCAGUCAAGAAUUAAGCAUGCAAAAGGAAAAACAUAUCUUGUUCGGUUUGAUGCUGAAGGUGGACGAAACUUUUUAAAGGAAUUUUAUCAAAGCACUGAGUACAAAGGAGCUAGUCAUGGAGACGAACUGUUUUAUAUUUUUGAAAAUGCUAUCUUCGACAGACUUGAAACAAAUUCAAAUGAUUUUAAGAUAAUGAAGCAAUAUGUUGGAAUUCUUACAAAUUUUGCAAUUAAAAGUUCACCAAAUUCAGAAGAAAUUGAGCCACUCAAAUUGAAAGAAUUGACUGAUCCAAAUAAAAUUAUGUGCUUACAAAUUACUGAAAAAGGAACAAGCAUUGUAGAGCUUCCAGAAUCAGAGAAAUUAAAAGUUUGGGGGACGCUUUAUAAGGAUAGUAAAGUUUUUAGAUCUAAGUUGUAA